UGGCACGCUGUUUUUGGCUAUAAUAGCUCUAAAACUUCAUUGUUAUUUCGGAUUUCAAACAUUUCGGUUGAGCAUCACUGAAGAGACAUUAUUUGUCGAAAUGCGCAUCUGGUGCAUCAAAAUUUGUACCGUAUAAGUUUUACAUAUAUACAAGUACAAGUGCAUAAUAAAUCUUUUAAAAAGAAAACAAUCUUCAUUUAAGCCACAUAAUUUACACACGAAUAAGUCUAUCUUCUUUUCACAUUACAUAUAUUUUGCAUUGUUUAUAGAAAUUAUAAAAUUGAUCACUGUUCGUUAUCUUCACUUUUCAAUGUAUCUAAAAUAUGCGAGCUUCAAAUGCGAAUAUGCAGAUGAAGUAUAUUAUGGUCUUCAUGCAUUAUAUACUAUAUACAAAGAUAUAUAUGAUUACUUAUUAACCAUCACAAUACGAAGCAAUUGAUCGUCUUGAGGACACCAGCGGUCCCUUCUUACGUCUUACCACCCUCCCCCAUCCACCCAUCGACUAAGUUCAAUGAAAACAGUUUCAGUGAUUCUCUAGAAUUCAAAGCAGUAUGAAAAACAAAUUAUUUUUGGUAUAUAUGAAAUAACUUUAAAAUGAAGUAUAGGUUUUUUAUUCGUUCAUACGUAUACAAAGUUAAUAAAUUUACAAACAGGAAUUUUAAUCUUGUUUUAUCAUUUCAACCGAGGAUAUGAGAACGAUGAAAUGAUUAUAAUUUUUAAUAGCAAACACUCAGACCGAACAUUUUUUGUCAUUUUUUUUAAAUUGAAGAAUACAUGUACUCCCGAUAUAAGUCCCGACUUCCAUGAGUCCUGAAUCUAGCCCAAAAUAAUUCUCAAAUAUGUUGCCUUUUUGUAUUAGGUCUAUAGAAAACAAAUAUGCUUCAAGUUGUAAUGCAUGUUUAAAUGCACCAUGUCUACUAAAUUUAAGAAAUAAUUUGUUUUCACUGCACAAUACAGCUUAUUCCAAGAGGCGACUAAACUGGGCAGUCCUUCGAAUGAGACCAAAAUAAUCGAGGCCCCAUGUCACAGCAGUUUGGUACCAUAAAGAUCCCUACCUCAUCAAAAGCCGUAAGCACCGAGCAUAAGCAUAGAUUUUGCAGCCUUUUGUCGGCAAUGAUGACGUCUCCAUAUUAGUGAAAACAUCUCGAGGGGACGUUAAACAAUAUCAAACCAAUCAACUGCGCAAUACUUACUAAUACUGUCUUGAACCAAACCCAACCUUCAUUUCAAAUUUUAUUUUAAACUUAUUUUUUCUUCUUCGAAUAAUGACACUUAAGACGGUUCAGAUAGAAUCGGCGCCUGGCUUAUUCAUGAAUUCAAUAUGAUCAAAAACGGUGACAGAAAACUUACUUUAUAUCUAUAAAGAAUAUGUAGCACAUGUAAAAAUUAAAACAUUUAAAAAAUGAUAUAUAUGCACUGAAAGAUUCAAUUACCUGCAAGAGAUUCAGGCAACUGAUCACGCGCACAGUCCCUGAUUUCUGUCGAUUACUGGCAAAAAAGAAUAAGGAAGAAUAUUUAUUGAGAAACAGAGGUUCUCGGAGAGAAGACUACCAAAAGGAUUUCAGCCGAAAAUGUCGGAUCCUAAAGAAAUGGAGAAGAUGUCCUUAAAAGACGAUGAUCCAGCUGGGGAUGACGAGGAGGAGGAUGUUGUGAAUCCUUGGGAGGUUUCUACACAGUCUGCCAAAGGAGUAGACUAUGAUAAGCUCAUCAGGAAGUUUGGAAGCACUAAAAUUGACGAUGCCUUGAUACAUAGAAUAGAAAAAGUCACAGGAAAGCCUGUCCACCAUCUUCUUCGGAGGGGCAUUUUCUUCUCGCAGAGGGACAUGGAAAUGAUAUUGGAUGCCUAUGAACAACGGAAACCAUUCUACCUAUACACAGGGAGAGGACCAUCUUCUGAAGCCAUGCACAUGGGACAUCUUAUUCCAUUCAUAUUUACUAAGUGGCUGCAAGAUACUUUUGAUGUCCCACUGGUCAUCCAAUUGACCGACGAUGAAAAGUUUUUGUGGAAAGACCUAACACUAGAACAAACCAACCACUUGGCCUUUGAGAAUGCGAAGGACAUCAUAGCUUGUGGUUUUGACAAGGAGAAGACAUUCAUCUUCAGCGAUCUAGACUUUUUAACGAACAGCCCGGCAUUUUAUAGAACUAUAUGCCGAAUCCAAAAGCUUGUGACAUAUAAUCAGGUGAAGGGCAUCUUCGGAUUCUCGGACAGCGACAGUAUCGGAAAAAUCAGCUUUCCCGCCAUUCAGGCCGCUCCCAGCUUCAGUUGUAUGUUUCCGGAAAUAUUUAAUGGGAGAUCUGAUAUCCCUUGUUUCAUUCCAUGUGCAAUAGAUCAGGAUCCCUAUUUCCGAAUGACCAGAGACGUGGCGCCCCGGAUGGGAUGUCUAAAGCCUGCCCUCAUUCACUCUACAUUUUUUCCAGCCCUACAAGGGGCACAAACCAAGAUGAGUGCCAGUGACCCAAAUUCAUCGAUAUUUGUCACAGAUACAGACCAACAGAUCAAAGAUAAGAUUAAUAAAUACGCCUUCUCUGGAGGUGGCGCUACCGUAGAGGAGCACAAACUGAAGGGGGGGAACUGUGAUGUAGACGUUUCAUACCAAUAUCUAACAUUCUUCAUGGAAGACGACAAACGGCUAGAAGAAAUACGAAAGACAUACACCAGCGGGGAGUUGAUGACUGGAUCCUUAAAGAAGGAACUCGUGGAGAUUUUACAGAAAUUGGUCGGUGAACAUCGUAAACGGCGGGAGGAUGUGACUGAUGAUCUUGUCAGACAAUUCAUGAAACCCAGAAAAUUAAAAUUUGACUAUCCCAAUCCUGAUAAUAUGUAGUCAGGAAAAGCAAAAACUGGAGUAUCCUCCACUAGAUGUUAUGCAAUAUAAAUGAAAAAUGACGUUCACUGAACCAACAAGAACUGGGAUAUACUGGAAUACUGUAAAAGUUGAACAAUCUCUGCACUGUCAAUCGCAAAAUGCAUGCGCACGCUUUGAAAUAGUCUAAUAAAACAGUUAAUGUACA